AUUCAUAACCCAGUAAAUCCCAAUCCCCCAUUCCGCGAACAGUAGCCUCCCCAUUUCCCAUUUUCAGAAAAAUACCCUUCCCUUCCCUCUCAUUUUCACGAACAUCAAGACAGCAACAGUCGGCAGGCGCAGGCCGCAGGUGGAAAGCCGGAAACCCUCACCGGCGGCAAACCCAGUACAAAUAUGAAAACUCGGCUUGGAAAAUUACCUUAAUCAAUCGUUGUUCAAUUAUUUGCAUUCUGCAUAAAAUCAGAUCGUUGAAUUACCAAAUGUCACUAAGAGGAGUAUGGCAGCUUCAGAAACUCGUUGUAAGCUACUGUGAUUGGGGUGGCAGUAGUCGCGGUAUCAGGGCAUUCAUGGAAACACAUUUGCCAACACUCAAGGAGAGCAACCCACAGCUAGAGGUGGUUACAGAACUCAUUCGUGGACAGCAUCCGAAUCUUAAGGGUUUCUACCGGAACAAGAAUGAACGAGUAGUUUGCGUAAAGAACAUGACUCCAGAAGAAGUAUUGCUGCAUGCAACUAGGUUAAGGAAUGCUUUGGGAAGGAAGGUGAUAAAGUUGAAGACUAGACACGUCACGAAACACCCUAGUGUUCAAGGCACCUGGACAACUGCCCUCAAGUUAUGAAGCUAUGACAAACCGGCUAGUCCGUGGUUCAUUCUUGCACCAUUGUGUUAGAGGUAUCUCGAUAACGAAAGCUAUGAUCAGCUAGCAAGCUUAUGAUUCAUUUUUGCUCCUUUGUUAGACCCCUUUACUGAGAAAAUUUUAUAUUUUGGGCUAUGUUGGAUUAACCAUUUUGACAAUCUUCCCUUUGUUGGCUAGACAAAUAGGAUCAUAGUAAAGCGGACAUAUAACUACCAGACCAUGUUAUCUCUUCUCUUUGUAUUAUAAUUAAAAUAACUGGAUUUCACCAAUGUUACAAUUUCUCAGAAUCAAGUGACAGAACCUUGAUCUCAAAAGAUUAGGGUUAAUAGUUUCUAAGA